AGUCUCUCUGGGCUCACAGUCGGUUUCAGAGUGUGUGUGUACCAUAAGGGAGGGUGUCUUGAGCGUCUGGUAAAGGAACCUAAAGAAACACUGCAAACAUGACCGCCGUCCAUAAGUUGGUGAUCGUCCGUCAUGGCGAGAGUGACUGGAACCAGUACAAUAGAUUCUGUGGCUGGUUUGACGCGGACCUCAGCGAGAAGGGUCUGCAGGAGGCCAAGAGUGGUGCCCUGGCCAUCAAGGACGCCGGCAUGAAGUUCGACGUCUGCUACACCUCCGUGCUGAAACGAGCCAUCAAGACCCUGUGGAUCAUCAUGGAGGGCACCGACCAGAUGUGGCUUCCCGUGCAUCGCACAUGGCGCCUGAACGAGCGCCACUACGGCGGCCUGACCGGCCUCAACAAGGCAGAGACGGCUGAGAAACACGGAGAGGAGCAGGUCAAGAUCUGGCGUCGCUCCUUUGACGUUCCUCCUCCCCCCAUGGAUCACGACCACGCCUACCACAAGAUCAUCAGCGAGUCAAGGCGCUACAAGGACCUGAAGGCUGGUGAGCUGCCCACGUGCGAAUCCUUGAAGGACACCAUUGCCCGAGCUCUGCCUUACUGGAAUGAUGUCAUCGCACCACAGAUCAAGGCAGGCAAGAACGUCAUCAUCGCUGCCCAUGGCAACAGCCUCCGCGGAAUUGUCAAGCACUUGGACAACAUGUCGGAUGCUGCCAUCAUGGAGCUGAACCUGCCAACAGGUAUCCCCAUUGUGUACGAGCUUGACGCAGACCUGAAGCCUGUCAAACCCAUGGCGUUCCUCGGAGACGCAGAGACCGUAAAGAAGGCCAUGGAGGCUGUGGCUGCCCAGGGCAAGGUUAAGAAGUAAACCGGCCAGGAUGGUUCAACAGGAGAGAAAGACUAUGACUGUCCCACCCCCUCCAUCCCCGCAUUCACCUGCAGUGCAUUCCAUCCUGGUUGUGGAGUGUAUCUGAGAGGGAGCCACAUAUAACCCAGAUAUAGGGGUGAAUGUUCCAUAGAACUGUGCUGGUGGUAGCAGUACUGCACAAGUCCUGUCUACUCACUCAAACACACAAACACACACACUCUAGUGGAGUGUCACAGGCCCACUAUAGGUUUGGGGGAGCCCUGUCCUAAGGGCACCACACUCUGACACAACAAAUAAAGAAACCACCAUUUUGUGUA